GAGAAUGUCCCUGUACUUACUGUAAGUUGCUCUGGAUAAGAGCAUCUGCUAAAUGACUCAAUGUAAAUGUAGAUGUAAUCUCAUUGGAGGUCACUGACAACGCAUGGAGAAGAAUAUCUGUCAAAUCGCUCCAUGUCAGAGCUGGACUCUAGCUUGUCUUCACACAACCUACCCAUCUGAAUCAGCAGGUGCGAGAACAAACCUGGGCCUGGGAGCUCAGUGAGGUAUGUGGUGCCCUUCUGACAACUGGCACACCUGAGGGACGAUGCCUUCCCACUGAGUGUGUUCACGUCUGUGGCUUACUGUAACAUUGGGGCUCUUUACAAGCUCUCAAAAAAAAAAAUGCUGAUGGCGAAUGUACUUCAAGCGGCUUGGUUACUCCUCUCACAAGGCUUAUGAAAAACCUUGUGAUGUACUUGGAGCUGUUUAACGGAGGACACUUGGCAGCUGGACAAAGAACCAGAAGACUCCUCUGUUGCCAUGAGAACCCCUCUUUUAGAAGAGACAUGUCCCUCCCCCUCCCAGGGCCAGUGUGCAGGUGUGGAGAAGGGUCAUAAAGUCAUGACUGGCACAAAGGGACAUCGCAGGAAAACUAGGAAAAAGACAUUCCCAAUAAAACGUUAAAUUUGUUGAGUAAACUCGAGAUUCCGACUAUCCUGAGAGUAUCUAUCAGACUCAUAAACGCAUCCAUCUAAGGCCAAGGCGUCCAAGGACCUGAGCCAAUCAGUGGUGAAUUAGACUCUCUCGCUCUCACCAUCUCUCUCUUGCUCCUAUAGUCUGCUUCACAUGCAUUAUUUGAACACGACAGAUUACGCUUUGGUCUCACGAACACCUGGUUAGUUGACACCCUCCAAUAGACACACGUCACUCCUGAAUGUGACAGAAUGUGAAAUAUGUGGCUUACUUACGACAAUCCCAUCUGCUGAAACUAAAUUCAGCCACACCUAGCUAGCUCGCCACCACUAAAGAAAAGAGUAGUCACAGACGAUUACGUAAAAGCUUUGCUUAUUUCAAAAGAAAGGAAAAUAUGUGAGCAGAUAUGAACUUAUGCAUUUGAACUCUUUUGGAGGAAAAGGAGAGUAGUGUCCAAUUGUUGUGACUUGAAGAGAAGUCUCACCACUUGCCAAGCAUCUGGGGACCAUUAUGCGUUAUAAAACAACCGCACAGGAGUGGCUCCAUUGCCUUCAACCACAGACUGAAAUACAAUCACCAUCUUAACCUCUUAGGGCCUGAAUGAAGUCUACACACAGGUGCAUUUUCAGAAAUAACUCCAAUGAUGAUUGGAAGCCAGGAUCACAUUCACCUUCUACAAUAUUGGAUGUAUUAUUAUUUCAAAACAAGAGACUCCAAGAUAGAGUUGGUACUUGAUUAAGGAUACAAAAUGACCAAGUUUGUUUUCAAAAAAGCAACAUUGACUCCAUUCAUUAAGUGAUUUAAGCUUAAAAUGAAAUUCCCAAAAGUAUUUAUCAUAAAAGUUCUUUUAAGUGUUAUAAAUGUUGUUUGAAGCCAGUGUACAGAUGGGCAUUCCAGCCUGUCCUCCUUGCACAGGGUUAACCUCUACCCUGACACUUGACUUCCUCUUGCAGACCUUUCCACGUAACACCAUGGCGAGUCCUCCGUUUUUUCCCCUCAAAUAAAUGUUAUAAAUAGUGCUGUGUUCCGUUGACUGCCUUCCUCCUCUCAAAGCCCAAAGUGAAUCUCUCUGCACUGCCCACCUUUUCUCUCAGUCAUACACUCUCCCCCUCUCUCGAACACACCUCUCCUCUUCCCUCUCCGAAACUUCUCCAAGUUUCUUUUCCUCUCAAGCCACCUUUUGCAAGGAGCAUUUGACCAGGAUUUGCAGAGAGGCUCUCAGGAAACAGAAGACCAAGCUACAGAAGUCGUCUAGACCAGAGGUGUCAGUAUGUGGUGUGUGAACUUCCUGUUGGUGUGGACCUGUCUCCUGGUCCUGCACUCUGCGGUAUGGGGUGCUCCGAGCCAGUGCCCCAGCCAGUGCCACUGCCAUGGGGACCUGCAGCACGUCAUCUGUGAUAACGUAGGGCUGAAGAAGAUCCCACGGGUGACCGAGGCCACUCGUCUGCUGAACCUCCAGAGGAACAACCUGGGUAGCCUUCCCAUGGGCUCCUUCAAUGACAUGAAGGGGCUCAUCUCCCUGCACCUGCAGCACUGCCAGAUCCGAGAGAUCGGUGGCCAGGCCUUCAAAGGGCUCAAGAAGCUCAUCUACCUCUACCUGUCCAACAAUGAGAUCAGCAACAUCAAGCCAGGUGCCUUUGAGGACCUCGGUGAGCUCACCUAUCUCUACCUGGACGGCAACCGCAUCAGUGACCUGCCCAAGGGCAUCUUCUCACCCAUGAUAAACCUCUUCAUUCUGCAACUGAACGACAACAAGUUACGUGACCUGCGUCCGGGGACUUUCACCGGAGCCAAGGAUCUGCGCUGGCUGCAUAUGAGCGGGAACGAGCUGAGCUCGCUGCAGCCAGGCUCUCUGGACGAUGUGGAGAACCUGGCCAUCCUGCACCUGGACGGGAACAGGCUGUCCACGUACCCCUCUGCAGCCAUGAGCAAGCUCCGAGUGGUGGAAGAGCUCACCCUGGCUAGGAACCCCCUCCGCAACAUCCCCGACAAUGCCUUCCAGAGCUUUGGACGCUACAUGGAGAAGUUGCAUCUGGACAACAUGGGCUUGGAGAAGUUCUCUGAGGGUGCUUUCACCGGAGUGACAGCCAUCAAAUCUCUGCACCUGGACAACAACAAGCUCAAGAAUCUCCCUAAAAGCCUGGAUUUCGUCACCAUCACCAACCUUACUAUCUCCAACAACCCCUGGGGCUGCACCUGCCAGCUGGCUCCUCUGCGCAGGUGGAUGGACUCUAGCCGCCAACGCCCUGAGGCACUGUGUGCCUCUCCUUCUCACCAAAGAGGCAAGCAAAUUCGAGACAGCUCUGCCUUUAGCAGCUGCAAAGUCAAGACAAAGAGAGACAAGAAGGGGACACGCCAUUAAACAGGAGAUCUGACCUAGGAGGGAACUCUCUAUCCUUCCCAUUGCCGACUGGUUUUCUCCAUCUUCCCCCUGGGGUCCUGUUUCGUCCUUUCUGCUACAGUACGUCCUGGUCAUAGGGUGUCCAUAAUAUGGCAAACUGUGAUUUGGUUGCUGGUUUUGUCUUUCUGCAGGAGAUGCUAUGGGAUGCCUGUCCAGGUGACAGGACACUGCGGUGCAAGCAGAGAAAGACAGCAAUGCUAACUGCUAUUUCAAGACGGUCCAUCUAAUCACUUGCCAAAUACGAUGCAUGCAUAAACACACACACAAAUAACAGCACAUAUACUGUAUAUAUAGAUAUAUAUACACACAUAUGUAUGUAUAUAAAAACAUUAGGCAUUAAUUCCAACAAAAUAUAUUUUAUCAAUAAAAACACACACAAUUUUCUUAUCUCUCCACAGCUGAGAAAUGUGUCAAGUUUGCGACAAUCAACACACCUCUUUCAUUGCUGUGUCAAUUUUACACCCUCAACUCUCAGGACCCAACAAUAUGCUGCCAUGACAACAACCCCCCCCCCCCCCCCAACCCACACACAAACCUAAUAUGGAAUCUUUCACAGGGCUCCCUUUAUUUAUUGUGGGUCAUUUCACUCCUUGUCGUGUCUCACAUUGCCAAUGGGAUUUCUGAGAGACCGUGUGAAAACAUCUUGAAAGAAACGUGACUGUAAAGGUGACUGAGACAUACCUUGACUUGACCUGACCUUAACUUCACAAACUCUGUCCAAAGAUAAACACCUCACAUCGCAGGCGGCUGAGGACUGAGACUGAAGACAUUGAAACUUUGCAAAUGUGAGCAUUAUUGAUAGGUCAACAUUAAUAUGAGACUUUCUUUCCAGUUAUAUAUAUCUGUUUCAAUAUAGUUUUUGAUAUGUGUUUAACCUGCCCCAGUAUUCCAAAGGGACUUGUGGGAAACACUUAACACAACCACAUGGGGAUUGGACAUUAUGGCACAGUUUUUUUUAUCAUGAUUAGCUGAAAAAUGGUUUAUUAGGAUCUUUGCCUUUUUUAAUAUCCCUUGAUAAAGCAAUGAUUUGUUUCUCAAUGUAUUGUAAAAAUGUUAUUAUAUUUCUGAUUUCCUGAUUUUGGGGAAUACCAAGAACCACAUGAAAGAGUAACUUUCAAAUCUAUGGAUUACCUAUUAUAAUUUAACAGUUCCCAAACUUUGGGACCGUCCAUAAUGCUCUUACAUUUAAAGAUGGCUCUUAUACUAAACUCGACUUUUGGGAGUGAUUCUCACCUCCAAUAAACAAAACCAAAAAAAAAGCAGUCGACUUGUUCUGUCUUGCAAUGUGAGGGAAAAUUUCUUUCCAAAAUACAGAACCCGGGCAGCAAGAUUUUCUGGAUACAAUGUGGUGUGUGAGUUUAAUGUUUAACUGUUUGGAUGUUUACAAUCUUAGCAGACUUCCCAUAAAUUGGUCACAGACCGAGCAACUCUAAGAGAAUUUCCUCCCUAGAUGUACCUCCUCCCAGGGCCUGGGUAAACAAGCAGUCUGCACCAGGAUCUUACCCUGUGAGAUACCCUGAGAACAAGGAUCGUCUUUAUGCUUGGAACAAGGAUCUGCGAGGAUGUUCUUCUUCACCCUCUACUAAUCACAUUCAUGAUAUCAAUAGUAAUGAGCCAAUUAUAUUCAUAGUUUCAGUGGCAAUUUUAGGACAGUUUUUCCUGCCAACUUCAUUAUGUACAUU